CUAUAUUUGAAUUUCUCGCUUUUUGGCCCAAAGGCGGUGCCUAUUUCUUAUCUAUGUUACCUACGCUGCUUAUACAUUGCUUAAAUGAGAAAAGUGGGGGAAACUGGCAGUCCAUGUCCAUGUUUAUAUAGUCAAAGGGUUGUAUAUGUGAAAACAUCUGUAAUAUUAGCGACAUGAGGUGUUGCGUGCCCGGGUGUGGGCAGCGGAGUGAAAAGGGGAUUUCAUUUCAUAGAUUUCCAGUGAAAGACCCGAAUCGAACUCAACAAUGGAUUGAUAGAAUAUAUGCGUUUUUGGAAAUGUAUAAUUGUAAGCCAGAAAGCUUUAAAAAGACAAAACAAUCUGUUUUAUGUUCCAAACAUUUCCUUAAGAGCAAUUACCUUGUUACAACAAGUAGCCGUAUGUUGAAAACUUCAGCAUGUCCUUCAGUCUUUUUGUGCAAGCCUAAUGCUCCAAAACGACGGAACAGGCAACCUAAAUUCAGUUCUGAAACACCUGAAUCUCAUCGAUUGCAUUACAUUCUUCCAAAAGUAAAGAUAAAUGAACUGGAAGGUAAAAAAGUAAUGGCUACAGUGCAAGAAGAAGAAAACAAAAAGAAUGCGUGCACCGGAUGCUUGACACUGGAAAAAAAAGUCAAGACAUUAGAGGAAAAGAUAGCUAAUGUGGAAAAACUAUUUCAGCUGCAGUCUUGCAAUACACGUGAUAUUUCUUCACCUCGUCAGGAAGAAUUACUGCAAGGAUCAUCUACGCCAACCACUACAACACGAAAUGCACGCCAUGAUCACUGUUAUAUAAGCAGUCCACGAUGCUUGCGACGAAAAUUAGACUUUACGCGCUCUCAGAAAAUUAUGAUCGGAAAAAUAGCUCGUUCCACAAUGAAGAAGUAUCGACGAGCGACGAUAAAAGUGUCGCAGUUAAAAUCUUUGUUGAAGAUUAUAAAGGAAAAGAUGAUUGCUAAACCGGAAGUCGUUGACCAUCUUGAACAAGUAUUUGAUAGAUCUCCCCUACAACUCUAUGAAAGGUGUGUACAAAUGCAUGCGGCUGGUGGGAACCCAAGCAACCAGCUGACGUUGUAAUGACGUAAAUUUACGUGAUUUUUGUCACUAAUUGGUGACUAUGACCUAAACCUGACGUUAUUUGAAACGUCAUAACAACGACGUCAGUAUAUACGUUAUAAGUAUACGUCAUAUAUGAUG